AUGGAACGGGUGCGGAAAGGCAUCGUCCCAGAGGUAGAAGCAGAUGUCCUCCGAAUCUUCCGGAACGUAAGUAGACGUUUGAAAGGCUGGAGGAAGACUGUGGACCUAGACACAAGACCCCAACGGACCGAGCGACUUCUGGACGAGAGCUUCAAGGGCCUUAAAAAUGAUGAUGUCGAUUCCUUUCUGCAGUCCAAGGCAAUGCAAGACUGUAAGGAAGUGUUCACAAAAGCACAGGACGGUAGCGAUAUCACCACCCUUGAGAUGUGCAAAGCGCGAGACUACUUGAUAUGUCUGACCACAAUAAAAACUGGCAUACCACCAGGGGUGCUAGAAACCGUCACUCUCAAACACUACAACACCAUGAAGAGAGAUGACGAAACUGACAAACCUGUGCUCCUUGUUCCCGACCAUAAGAGAGGUGUAGCUGGGCCAGCACUCAUUGGGUUGGACAGUGAAGUCGAAGAGUUAUUCAAGAUCUACGUACAAAAGAUCCGUCCGAAGUUUGGUGACCGCUGUGCAAACCUGUUUGUGACAAGCGACGGACUUGCCUUCACCAAGGGGACCCUUUGCAAAAGACUACCAGAGCUUUGGAGUACAUCGGGGGUGAGGUCUGACCUAAGGGUAACAGCGACGAAUAUCCGAAAAUGGAUUGUCACCACCUGCCACGAGAAGAAGACCAGAGGGGCGAAGUUUGAUGAGGAUAUUGUAAGGCAAGGUCUUUGCCACUCAGACAAAACUGCCAAGUCCUUUUACCUUAGGUCAGACCUCACAUCUGUGGCAGCACAAGCUGUAGAAAUCAUCGCAAUGUGCACCUCCAAGAAGUCCGAAGAGACUCCUGUGAAG